AGGAAAAUGGAUGGACUGCUUUGAUGCUUGCUGCUAGGAAUGAUAAUGUAGAAUGUAUGAAAGUAUUAGUAGAACAUGGUGCUGAUGUGAACAUACAGGAGAAAAAUGAAUGGACUGCUUUAAUGCUUGCUGCUAUAUGUAGGUAUGAUCAUGUAGAAUGUGUGAGAGUAUUAGUAGAAGGUGGUGCUGAUGUGAACACACAGAAGAAAGAUGGAGGGACUGCUUUAAUGUAUGCUGCUUAUAAUGGUCAUGUAGAAUGUGUGAGAGUAUUAGUAGAAUGUGGUGCUGAUAUGAAUAUACAGAACAAUGAUGGAUAUACUGCAUUAACACUGACAUUACUAAGUGUUAAGGAACUAAAUGACUGUAUACAGGUAUUGAUUGAAGCACAGGCUGGUGUGAAUGUUGUAAGUAAAGACCAGACAGCACUAACAAUAGCAGUUUCACAAUAUAACUGCAGAUGUAUCGAUGCUUUACUAGAAAACAAUGCAAAGGUUAAUAUAACAAGUAAUGAGGCAUGGCAGGCUUCAUUUCAGAAGUGUGAGAAUGAAUAUCAUGAAUCAAAGAGGCAAAAAUGGGGGAAAAUUAGAAACAAUUUAAAACAGGAAGAGGAUAAUACUUCACUUUUGAUGGAGUUUUCAAAACAACCAUAUUGUGAAAUCAUAGAGAAAAUGAUAGAGCUGGGUGAGAAAGUGAAUACAAUUGAUAAAACUGGGAAGACAGCUUUGAUGUAUGCAUGUUGGUAUAACCAGUGCGAGUGUGUCAAGACUUUACUGAAAUGUAAUGCAGAUGUCAAUGUUUGUGAUAGUGAUGGUACAACAGCCCUUAUGUAUGCAUGUAUGUCAAGCUGUGAUACAUGCUGCCUAACACUACUACAAGCUGGGGCAAAUAUUAAAGCUAAAGACAAAAAUGGCAAAACAGCAAUAUUUCUUACUAAAAUUGAGCGUAGUCGGUUUAGUCAGACUUGCAUUAUUUAUGAAUACCUUCUUACCUAUGGUGCAAAUUUUGACCUAUGCAAGAUGAAUGAAGAUCUAAGAGAAAGAUUCAUGACAAGCCUUGAAUGCUUUUUACCAUCUGAAAAGGUCAUCCUAUAUAAUCUGAUUUUAAUAUAUGAGUGUAGCAAAUGUACUCAAAAUUUAAUGAGCAGAAUAAUUAGAUCUAAGCCAACCUCCAGUUUUUUGCGCAUGGAAUGUGAAAAAACAAGUGUAAGCAUGAAAGCAACAUUGUUACAUAAGUAUUCAGCACUUGCAGCAAGAUCACUUGUAAAGAGCAUAGAUGAUAUGAGACAUCUUAAAAUACCUAGAAUACUGAAGGUGUAUGUUAGUAGUAUGGACUGUUUGCAUACAAUUGAUGCAGCAAAAUCUCUAUUUCUAUAUGAUGAGAAUGAAGACAUUGACAAUAAGGAUGAUAAUACAGAUGAUGAUAGUAAUGGUAUAGAGGGAUAUGAUGGUGAUGAUGAAGAUAGCUAUGAGAGUGAUGUUGAUAUUCAGGGUAGCCAUAUUGGUAAAGAUGCCAAAAAGUCAAAUGAUGAGGCAAAUAGUGUUAUUGGUGAAGCAGAUGAUGAGAGUACAAAGGUAAAGAAUGAUAAGAAUGUUGAGAGUAAAUAUUUGAAGGAAAAUCUUGUUAGUGACUCUGAUAAUGCUGGCUCAGACUCAGAUGAUUCUAUAGCAUUUCCCUGGCAACAGUAUGAAAAUGUGAUAGGUGAGAGUGAUUGUAGUGACUUUGAUGACAUGAAGAAUGUAAAAGAUGGUUGGUUCCUAGCAGAAGAUCAUUGGAAUUCUUUAAUGUAUGCUGCAAUGAAUGGUGAUGUAAAGUGCGUGAAAAAACUAGUUAAAGAUGGUGUAGAUAUAAACUUACAGAAAAAUGAUGGGGAGACUCCUUUGAUGGUUACUGCAAGAAAUGGAAGAGUAGAAUUUGUGCGGGAAUUAUUAAUGUUUGAUGCCAAUGUAAAUGUCAAGAGGAAUGAUGGAGAGGAUGCAUUGAUGAUUGCUUCAAGUUGGAGUAAAUUAGAAUGUUUGAGAGAGUUACUGAGACAUGGGGCUAAAACCAAUAUUCAGAAACCAGAUGGAUGGAGUGCUUUAAUGAUUGCUGCCAGGAAUAGUAGGGUAAAAUGUUUAAGGGAAUUAACUGAAUAUGGUGCUUAUGUCAAUAUGGAAAAGAAUGAUGGAGAGACUGCAUUGAUGAUUGCUGCUAGGAAUGGAAGGGUUAAAAAUGUGAGGGAAUUAGUUAAAUGUGGUGCUGAAGUGAACAGGAAGAAUCAUGAUGGUGAGGCAGCAUUGAUGAUUGCUGCAAGUAAUGGCAGAGUAAAAUGUGUGACAGAAUUAGUGAAAUUUGGUGCUGAGGUUGACAUGCCAAAGAAUGAUGGAAAAACUGCAUUAAUUAUUGCUGUCAUGAAUGAUAGAGUAGAAUGUGUGAAGGAAUUAGUUAAAUGUGGGGCUGAUGUAAACAAACAAGCAAAUGAUGGAGAAACUGCUCUGAUGAUUGCUCACAAAUGGGAAUUAGAAGAUUGUGUAAGAGUGUUUAAAGAGACGGAAGGGAGAUGUGUACUUUGGCAUUAGAAGAAAAAAUCAUGUUGCUAGAUUUUGAAGGAGUUAAAAGCUUUGGUUUAAAACCGAAUGCAAAGAGAUACACAAUACAUUAUACAAAUGA